ACACUCCUGUACAACCGCACCAUGGUGCAGCUGGGCAUCUGUGCCUUCCGCCAAGGCCUGACUAAGGAUGCUCAUAGUGCCCUGCUGGACAUCCAGUCAAGUGGCCGGGCCAAGGAGCUGCUGGGCCAAGGUCUACUGCUCCGGAGCCUUCAGGAACGCAACCAGGAACAGGAGAAGGUGGAGCGGUGCCAGCAGGUGCCCUUCUACUUACACAUCAACCUGGAACUGCUGGAGUGUGUCUAUCUGGUGUCGGCCAUGCUCCUGGAGAUCCCCUACAUGGCCGCCCACGAGACUGAUGCCCGCCGGCGCAUGAUCAGCAAGCAGUUCCACCACCAGCUGCGGGUGGGCGAGCGACAGCCCUUGCUGGAUCCCCCCGAGUCAAUGAGGGAGCACGUGGUUGCCGCCUCCAAGGCCAUGAAGAUGGGAGACUGGAAGACCUGCCACAGCUUUAUCAUCAAUGAGAAGAUGAACGGCAAAGUGUGGGACCUCUUCCCCGAGGCUGACAAAGUCCGCACCAUGUUGGUUAGGAAGAUCCAGGAGGAGUCACUUCGUACCUACCUCUUCACCUACAGCAGUGUCUACGACUCCAUCAGCAUGGAGACGCUGUCUGACAUGUUUGAGCUGGACCUGCCCACAGUGCACUCCAUCAUCAGCAAGAUGAUCAUUAACGAGGAGCUGAUGGCCUCCCUGGACCAACCAACACAGACGGUAGUGAUGCACCGCACUGAGCCCACUGCACAGCAGAACCUGGCGCUGCAGCUGGCCGAGAAGCUGGUCAGUCUGGUGGAGAACAACGAGCGAGUGUUUGACCACAAGCAGGGUACCUAUGGUGGCUAUUUCCAUGAUCAGAAGGAUGGCUACCGCAAAAACGAAGGCUACAUGCGCCGUGGAGGCUACCGCCAGCAGCAGUCACAGACCACCUAUUGA